AUUUUAAUAUCUGGUACUGCCCGUAGUCGUAAGAUUUGACAUUUCCAUCUUGGAUCCAUAAACGCCAUCUCUGAUCAACUACAAUAAUAUCCUCGAUCUGCCUAAAUUUGCCCUUUCCUUCUAUGCUAGAAAUCUAAGAUCUGAGUGAAUUAAUAAUGGGCAACAUCUUUUCAAUCUCCAUAUCAUGUGAUGACAUACUUUCUCGCUGCUGGGAUUCCACAGUUGGACAAAUAGCAUACCCUUGUAUGUUCAAGUCCCACCUUCAUGAUCUGCAGACUGCUUUAGAAGAAUUAACGGAUCUAAAGAACGAUUUGAAGAGAAGGGUUGACAAUGCCGAGCAGCAGCAACAUUUGAAACGCUUAGACCAGGUACAGAGAUGGAUAACAAGGGUGGAAGCCAUGGAAGCUCAAGCCAAUAACUUGGUGAACGGGAAAGAUAUCAGAAGUCAAAAAGUUGAGAAAUUACGUGAUUCUGGAGGUGGGUUGUUAUGUAAUUGCAAAACCCACUACAAGUUGGGGAAAAAAUUGGCUAAGAUGUUGAUGGAAGUGAGUGCUUUACAGAGCAGGGGAGCUUUUGAAGUUGUGGCUGAACGGGUACCUGCAGCUAUGGUGUAUGAAAGAAGUAUUGAACCAACUGUGGGCAUGGAGUCAACAUUUGGCAAGGUCUGGGAUUGCACUGAAGAUGAGCAAGUGGGAAUUAUUGGCUUGUAUGGGAUGGGAGGUGUAGGUAAGACCACCCUUUUGACCAAGAUCAACAACAACUUCCUUCAUACCCCCAAUGAUUUUGAUCUUGUGAUUUGGAUAGAGGUCUCUAAGGAUCUAAAGCUUGAAAAUAUUCAAGACAGCAUUGGGGAAAAGAUAGGGAGUUGCGAUGGCUCGUGGAAGGAUAAAGAUCACCUUAGAAAAGCUGAAGACAUCUUUGCGGCUUUAAAAUCGAAGAGAUUUGUAUUAUUGUUGGAUGAUAUAUGGGAGAGGGUUGAUGUAGCCAAAAUCGGGGUUCCGAUUCCUGACAGAGAGAAUAAGUCUAAGCUUGUAUUCACAACUCGCUCUGAGGAGGUUUGUAGCCGUAUGGGUGCUCACAAAAAGAUCAAGGUGGAGUGUUUGGCAUGGGACAGAGCAUGGACUUUGUUUCAAGAGAAGGUGGGUGAAGAAACACUUUAUAUUCAUCCAGAUAUCCCUACACUAGCAGAGAUGGUUGCCAAAGAAUGUGACGGUUUGCCACUGGCUCUAAUUACAGUUGGACGGGCCAUGGCUAGCAAGAAGACACCCCAAGAAUGGAAUCAUGCAAUUCAAGUUUUAAAACGAUCUGCCUCGGAAUUUUCAGGUAUGGGAGAUGAGGUAUUCCCUCUUUUGAAAUUCAGUUAUGAUAAUCUACCUAGCGAGAAAGCUAGAUCUUGUUUCUUGUAUUGUGCAUUAUUUCCGGAAGAUUUUCUCAUUCACAAAAGAAGAUUAAUAUAUUGUUGGGUUGGGGAGGGAAUACUGGAUGAGUAUGAUGACAUGACUGGAGCUCAAAACCAAGGUUAUGAUAUUAUAGGUACUCUUGUUAAUGCAUGUUUAUUGGAAGGUAAGGAAGAUUAUGUGAAAAUGCACGAUGUUCUUCGUGACAUGGCAUUGUGGUUGGCCUGUGAAUGCGGGAAGGCCAAAGAUAAUUUCAUAGUUCGUACUGGCGCUCAUUUGAUUAAAGCACCAGAUUUGGAAAAAUGGAAGGGUGUGAAAAGGAUGUCACUAAUGGCUAAUCAGAUUGAGAAUCUGGUGGAAAGAUCCACAUGCCCCAGUUUAUCCACCUUGUUUCUAACUGAUAAUCAUUUGAAGAUAAUUGGUGAAGGCUUCUUUCAGCAUAUGCCCAGUUUAAGAGUUUUGGACCUGUCGGAAAACAAGGGUAUAACACAUUUGCCACCGGGAAUAUCAAAAUUGAAGUCACUAAAAUAUCUCAAUCUAUCACAGACAGGUAUAAGAGGGUUGCCUGUUGAGUUAAAGGCCUUAGACAAGCUAAAAUAUUUGAACCUAGAGUUUACCAGUAAGAUGGAUAUUGUUCCGAAGAAUGAAAUUUCAAGUUUUCUGAUGCUCAGAGUUUUGAGAAUGUAUGAUUGUGGUUCUUCUGACGAUAUUCUGUUUGGUGGAGAAGAAGCUUUAGUAGAGGAAUUGGUGUGCUUGAAACAUUUGGAUGUGAUGACUAUGACCAUGAGGUGUGUCUCUGCUUUCGAAAGAAUAUGUACCUCCCUCAACUUACUAGCAUGUACUCAAGUUCUAUGCCUUGAGUCCUUCACCUCUCUGAUUUCCCUUGAUAUAUCGGCAUUGGCAAAUAUGAAACACCUUGACAUCCGUAAUAUUUGCGACUGUGAAAGCUUAGAAGAUUUGAAAACUGAUUUGUUAUGGAAUGGAGGGGCUGUACAAGUACCUAAUGAUCCUUGCAACUCGAUCAUCACGAUCAAAAGUUUCUUCCACAGCCUUCAGCGGGUAAGCGUGUAUGAAUGCCCCAAACUAAAGGACUUAACAUGGCUUAUUUUUGCUCCAAAUCUUGUGACCAUAGACAUACACGACUGCCCUGAAAUGGAGCAGAUAAUCAAUAGUAGGCAGUUGAGUAAAAUCGAGGAGGUUGUGGAUGGUUUUAAUUCAUUUGCAAAACUUAACAAUUUGAUACUGCUUAAUCUCUCGAAACUGAAGAACAUAUACGCAAAUGCAUUGCCCUCACCGUAUCUGAAGACAAUUGUUGUGUUUAACUGUCCACAACUCAAGCAGCUCCCACUGGAUUCCAGUGUGAACAGACGGAAUGUUGUCAUCGAAGGAGAGGAAGAAUGGUGGAAUGGGUUGGAAUGGGAGGAUGGAGCUACUCGAAAUGAUUUUAUUUCCUGCUUUAGAAAUUUAAAUAUUUGACGUACCUGACGUUGUUCUGUCAUUGCCAGUUUUCCUUCCAUAUAAAUUGAUAAAUAUCCUUCCUUUCUGUACAAGUUUCUAUUAUAAUCUGUAACUUACCCUAAUCAAAGAACCACAGGUUAUGCCGAAACCCGAAACUUUUAUGAAAUUUACCAUCAUGGAGAUUAGCUUA